GUGUGAGUCCGAGGGAGGGGGGAGGAUUAUUCUGGGAUGUCUGCCCCCUUUGUGUGUUUGUGAGGAUGUUAGCUAAGCUCUGCUAGCCACUGAGGCUGGGGGAGAGAAGGGGGACGGAGUGUGCAACGUGUUUUGRGGGGUCAUUAACGACAUAUUUUACUGGAUAUUGUUGCUCAUUAAUUUAUAUUAAAGACUAAUACKAUUGCUGAGAGWCAAUUAUUACACGAAGGAAACCCAUKUCUAACAGGGACUACACGACCCCCCCUCCCCAGGACACCCCCGUUCCAUUCUCCACCACCCACACGUCUUUUGCCCUCCUCCCUCACAAGAUCGGGCAGGGUUCGGUGGAGGGAUUAGCUCGCUUUUAAUUUAAAUUAAUUAUUAUUGAAAUAUGUCUGGAAGCGAGGACGAGCGGGAAGACUUGGAACCUACAGGACUUGCACAUGAUGAGGAGGAACCAGAAGAGGCUGUGUCUGACGUCGAGGUCCCCACCAAGUCAAAGAAGAAGAAGAAAGCCAAGAAGAGCCGUGAGAGCAGGAUCAACAAGAGACCAAGACCUGUCAGAGAGGAGGUGCCAGUCAGCUCACCAGAACCCUUCUUAGCAGUGGAGCAAGUAGCGAGGGAGGAGGAAGAGGGAGGAGGAGGUAGAGCCAGGUCAGAAAGCGAGGGAAGUGAUUACGCCCCGAGGGGGAAGAAGAAGAAGCGCUCCAGCUCCUCCAAAGACAAGAAGAAGGGAGGAGGGACGAGUGGAGAGAAGGAGAAAGGUGGAGGCUCAUCCAGCUCCAAGAGUAAACGCAAAGAACCAGAACUAGAGAAAGAUGAAGAUGAAGAUGAUGAUGAAGAUAGCCAGGAGCCCAAGAGCUCGACUCAGCUGCUGGAGGACUGGGGCAUGAAAGACAUCGACCAUGUCUUCACUCAGAAGGACUACACCACCAUCACCAACUACAAGGCCUUCAGCCAGUUUGUCAGACCCCUCAUCGCAGCCAAGAACCCCAAGAUCGCUGUGUCCAGGAUGAUGACUCUGAUGAUGGCCAAGUGGAGGGAGUUCAGCACCAACAACCCUCUGAAGGGCUGUGCCAGUGCCAACGCAGCCCUGGCAGCUGCCAACGUGGCUGCGGCCGUGGAAAGCAUGGUGGUGGCAGGAGGGGAUACAGGGGCGGGGGGUAGUGCCACUAAAGACUCCCCUCCAGCUACACCCGCUUCCGUACCUGUAGCUGUACCCGCUGUGCCUGCACCCCCACUCCGCAAGGCCAAGACCAAAGAGGGCAAAGGACCCAAUGCUCGCAGGAGGUCCAAGCCCAACCCUAAGCCUGCCCCCAAGCCCAAAGCCAAGAAGGUGGCUCCGCUCAAGAURAAACUGGGAGGCUUCAACAGCAAGAGGAAGAGAUCCUCGAGUGAGGAGGAUGAGCUUGACGUGGAGAGUGACUUUGACGACGGGAUCUUUGAAGUGUCGGACGGCAACAACAGCCACAGCAGCCGCUCCAAGAAGAAGGUCAAGACCGCCAAGAAGAAGAAGAAAGUUGAGGAGGAUGGUGACGGCUAUGAGACAGACCACCAGGACUACUGUGAGGUGUGCCAGCAGGGAGGGGAGAUCAUCCUGUGUGACACCUGUCCCAGGGCCUACCACAUGGUCUGUCUGGACCCCGACAUGGAGAAGGCCCCCGAGGGCAAGUGGAGCUGCCCCCACUGUGAGAAAGAGGGGAUCCAGUGGGAGGCCAGAGAGGAGCUGUCUGAGGGAGAGGGGGAGGACGAGGAGGUGGGGAGGGAUGAGGGAUGGGUAGAGGAGGAGGAUGACCAUCACAUAGAGUUCUGCAGGGUGUGUAAGGAUGGAGGAGAGCUGCUGUGCUGUGACACCUGUACCUCCUCCUACCACAUCCACUGUCUCAACCCCCCCCUCCCCGAGAUACCCAACGGGGAAUGGAUCUGCCCACGCUGCAUGUGCCCGGGCAUGAAGGGUAAGGUCCAGAAGGUUCUGACCUGGAAGUGGGGUGAACCUCCGCCCCCUACACCUGUGCUCCGCCCCCUGGACCUCCCAGCCGAGGCCCCAGACCCUGUCCCAUUGGCCGGCCGACCAGAGAGGCAGUUCUUUGUCAAAUGGUGCAACAUGUCUUACUGGCACUGCUCCUGGGUCCAAGAGCUACAGUUGGAGCUGAACUGCCAGGUGAUGUUCCGUAACUACCAGAGGAAGACGGACAUGGACGAGCCCCCGRUGGUGGACUUCGGAGGGGAGGGGGACGAUGACAAGAGCACUAAGAGGAAGAACAAGGACCCCCUGUACGUCCACAUGGAGGAGGAGUUCUACCGUUACGGAGUCAAGAUGGAGUGGCUCAUGAUCCACCGCAUCCUCAACCACAG